GAUUAUUACAAAACAUUUAUUGCAAUGAUGACUGAUCAUAUCGAUGCUUCUUUGCUGUUUACAUUGAAAAAGGAACCGAAUGUCUGUAAUGAUAACGAUAUUAAUUCGAUUAAUAUCGACGACAUUUCAUCUUUGCCGUUACCGUCACUUUCUAAAGUUAAUUCCGUCAUCGUCAACGAAACCAACAAUGAGUUCUUACGUCUCACCACAAUGGUCCGUACUGUAUAUUUGUCCUAUCUUCAUAAAUGCUUACUUAGUAAUUAUGCAACUUGUUGCAAAGAAAUUGAUAUACCAAGCAUUGAAGUGAAAAAUUGUGCGGAUCAAAUGGAAUUACAUGCUGUCCAAUUAGCACUGGAAGCUAGUAUAUAUAGGCAAAAUAUGCUGAGAAUGAUUGAUGAUAUAAGAUCACAUACAGUUAAAAAGAAAGCAUAUAAAAAAUUGGUCAUAUUUUUAGAAACAUCAAAAGAUAGAACUGACAUCGCUGUACAAACAGAUGACACAUGGAUAGAUACUGAAAGAACAAAUAUACAAAAUGUGUCUAUUAAGUUAAACGAGAAACCACUGCAAACAGUAUUACCCACUAUGAAUUCUAAUAAUUUCUUUAAAAGUGAGAGUGUUAUGGAAAAUUUUAAUGAUGGAAUUCCCUCCAUAGAUACAAAAGAAACAGAUAUGCAAUCGCUGCAGAGUAUCGCAAUAGAAGACUCAAAUGACGCUAGUCAAGAAUUUAAUUAUCAGAUGCAUUCUCAUAUAACAGAUAACGUAUCUGUCAGGCAUGAAGGCGAAAAUUCACAGGAUUCUUUAUUACAACAUAUGCAAGAUAUGUUUUGCGAAAGUGACGAUAGUAGUGAUCUUACGAGAUUAAUUGAGAAACAUUCUGGUGUUACUAAAGCAAAUAUCGAUAAAGAAAUUAACAAAAUAUGUUCAGAAGCAGAUAUUGUGGUAGACCCAAAUCUUUUUAACGUUUCAAUAAAUAAUUACGUAUCAAAGCCUAAUGUAGCAAAAAUAAGUACAAGCAAAGGAAGAAUCAGUUUCAGUCACUAUAAAGAAAUGCAAAGUAAAAAAGCCAUUAAAUUAAAAGGAUUUAAUACAAACGAAACUGUUGAAAGUAAGCAAAAACAAAAGAUAAAUGCUAUUUGGUUUGUGGAACGCGUGCAUCAAGUUUCAAAAUUAAAAGCUAAAAUGACUGAAUUAUCACUGACAAAUUAUCGAAAGCAUGGAAGAAUAAAGGAAACAUUUCUUCGUUUAUUUGGGGAAUUUGAGGAAGAGGAAAUGAUGCCAGAUUCACCAAUAUGUAUAGAAGAACAUUUGCCAGCUUGUAAAGAAAGAAUAGCACCUUGGAUUGUGAAAUACUUAAUGCCAUUUUACAAAAAAAGAAGAAUUAAAGAUCGUCAGCUUUUUAAAGCUGUUGCAAAGUACAUCACAGAUAUGCUCAUUAUAGAGAAUACUUUUCCAGAACAAGAGUGUGUAAGUAAGUAUAUAGAAGAUUAUUUCAAGAACAAGAGGUUUAUUAAGACUAAACAGGAUAUAUAUCUAUAAGAAAUUGGUAGUGUUAUUCAUUAAUGUAAUACAAAUCAAUGAAACAUGUAUAGAAAUUGUAACU